GCUCUGCUCUGGUUUGCUCUUAUCAUGGUUUGCAUCAUCAUUACGAUAAGUCUGCUCAUGGUGAAUCAAACAAUCAUACUAGAGGUUUCCUUUGUAUGAUACCAACUAUUGUCCCAAUUGAUUACAUCAUUUUAAAGCACAAAAUAAAAGGACAGAAUGCUAAUUCUUUAUACCUCAUACCUCACUGUACUACUUUUUUUAAAGGAACCGGGCAGGAGAGCUGCCGAUUAUAUUAAAAAAAGAAUACACCCAGAUUGGACACAAUAACAAACAACCGAACACCAACACCGGCCAGUUAUAUUGGGACAUCAACACAGCCACAGAACUCAGCUCAACUCCACCCGACUCACCAAACCGCACCACCACAACCAAGUGACACUCAUCGCAAGCGCCGUCAUUCCUGACGAUGUCCCACGCCAACCAGCCGUUACCAUGUAGAACUGGCCGCCGCAGACCGCUGCAAGCCAUGUAGUUACAACGACUGUUCCAUCAUACCAUCAUCAUCUUCAGUCCACACACACGAUCAUCGAUCUCCCAACCACGGCCUUGCAUUGGCAGAAGUCAGAAGAGGAGCACACCACACCUCACCGAAGAAGCCACCGCCAUGCAGGAUCCCUCGCCAAAGUAUCGUUGUUGCACCUUACACGCUAAAACGACCGAAGCACUACACCGGAUCUUGAACCUUCGAGGCAACGCAGGACGCAUGGGGCCUCGCCACAUCCACCACCGCACAACACUCCUCGAACACACCACCUUAAAGCGCAUGGGGGCCUCGCCUCUCCUGCCGUUGGACUCUUCAAAGAUCCGGGUUUGCUUCACCAUCAAGGGUGACUUGGUACCACCGAGCCGCUCCAGAAACUUCACAUUCGCCUUACCAUCACCGGGAUCACAGCUGCACCACAAAUGCAGACCCAAAUCUUCCAACAAGCAUGGGCCCUCCGCUCCUCCUCGCUGACAUGGUCCCUUCCUGCACCUCCUCACUCGCAACGACGCCUCGAUCACCACCACCAAAUGUGCUGCCACUCCAGCGCACUCUGUCGCCAUCUCCGCCACACCUACGCUGUGAAGAUGGACCUACGCUACCAACCACACCUCCAAGGCACCUUUGGCACGCCGCUGCGCAGGCCAGCACUAGCCAUAUCACCAUGGUGUUGCUAGGGAGACCCGCGCGAACCACCCUUGGCUGCGCUACCAUAUUGCCUCCAAGUCACGCAAAGCCGCAUCCUUGACGUGCCGCCGCCAACACCCCUGCUGCACACCACCGCACGGCUCCAAGGUGCACCGCCUGUGCACCUGUGCACCACCACGCCGCUCCCAGGCACGUUCCUCCCGGUCGCCGCACACGCGCGUCCGUGGCCCGCGCCAGCCACCUCUACCGAGGUCAGCUUGCUCGUCGUCUUCUCCCAUGCCUGCAGCUUCACCCCCUUUGCCGUGCACCCCAUGAAGCUGCUGCCGGAACCCGACGAUGAAGACGCGCUAGACGACCGCCGCCCGGAGCAUCCACCACUACCGCCACCCCCGCAUGGGGGAAGCCGCCGCCGCCGCACCUGGCAAUGGCCCAGGAUCCGGCCGCGGGGGCCCCGGGACGCAGCCUCGCCAGCACGGCCGCGUGCGGGCCGCCCCACAUGGGGAAAGCCGCUGCCGCCGCCCCCGGUGUCAGAUCCGGCACCGAGAACCUCGGAUCCAGCUGUGGGGGCUCCGGAUCUAGCCUUGCUAGCACGGCCGCGUGCCACCCGACGGCGGUUCCCUCCGACAUCCCUGGCGGCCGCGCCUGCUAGGAGAUAGAAAGGCAGAAGCAGUCCACCCCACCGCCGCCAUCAUCGAGAGCCGCGCGGGCUUCCGGCAGCCGGCUCAGGCGGCGGUGGGGAGAGGGAGGAAGGGGCAGUGGCGGCGAGGUCAUCCGCCCGUGUCGCUCACGCAGGAGCGAUGCGGGGGCAGCAGGCUUGCAAGAGCGAAAUCGUGCCACGGCAAAUAAUUGAUACCUCACUGUACUACUCAUUUUUGUGGUGAUGGGCUCAUCAUAAUUAUCUGUUUCUAUUUCAUUAUGGUGAAUUGCUUGAAGUGAUAAAUAUUCAUCACCCUCCUAGUACAAUUGGUAGCAUACAAGCAUGAAUGCUACAUCCACUUUACUCCGCUAUAGUGAGGAAAAGCAGAGGAGGAUGUGAGGCAAUGUGGUUUGGGAGAGAGUACUGUCUUUGUAAGAGUUGCAGGGGUGUAUCGUUGUCUGUUGAGAUUUUUUUUUACGAGGAUACCAGUGUGAAUUCUGUCGAAUUUACUGCCUUACACUGCUGCUUGAAGUGAUCCUCUGAGUCUUCUCCUGUCAAGGAAGAAUAAGGUCAUCUGCAUCACUCAACAAUUAGAGAACAGAAGAGGGUGUCGUUGCUGCUGCUCUGAGUAAUCAUGCAUGACUCUUUCAUGGUGAUGACCACAUAUUGGUUAUCGCUGUUCAGUUCAUUGAGGGAUAUUAUUUGAGCAAUUCAUCUUUGUUCCCCUUCCUUCACUAUUUAGUUGACCUUCAGCAAGAAACUGUUGUUGCUGGUGGUGGAUGAUCUUGCAUCCUUGACUUCUAUUGUCAGUCAGGCCUGUUGAAAAUAGGUCCUUGAUUUAGGUCCAAGUUCAAUUGUUUAUGCAAUAACACUGUGAAAGCUUGUUCGAGGAAUCUCACUAGCUAGUUCCUCAUAUUGCUAGUUUUCUUUGCUCCAAAAAGAUAUAUUGGUGGUGGUGGGUCUACUUCCAGGAUUCACCUAAUGGCAACCAUAUUAUUUUCUUUUGUGGGAUCAUGCAUCCAAAAGCUCCAAGAAAUUAUUACAGAGGAAGCAAUACAAAUAUUAGGUGUUAAACAAGUGCUCAUUGACCUGCAACAAACAAUGACACAAAUACAAUGUUAUCUCAGAGAUGCGGACCGGAGGAGGAUUGAGGACUUAGCAGUUCGUAAUUGGAUUGGUGAAUUGAAGGAUGCAAUGUAUGAUGCUGAUGAUAUAAUUGACUUGGCCAGGGCUAAAGGGAGCAAGCUACUAGGAGAAAACUCAUCAUCAUUAUCAAGAAAAUUAACUCCAUGCAAUGGUUUUCCACUUAUCUCUUGCUUUUCAACAAUUUGGACACGUCGUCAGAUUUCUGUACAGAUUAGAAUCAUCAACAAAAGAAUAGAGAGGAUUGCAGAAUUAGGUACAAAAUUCAAGUUUGACAUAGAACCAGUUGCCAGAAUUUCAAUUAUAGGAAAAACAUCCUGCCUUGUUGAACCGAACCUUGUGGGAAAGGAAACUUUACUUGCCUGCAGAAAAAUGGUGGAACUGAUUAUUUCACAUGAGAAAAAGGAGAUAUACAAGAUUGGUAUUGUUGGGACAGGAGGGGUUGGGAAAACGACUUUGGCUCAAAAAAUAUAUAAUGACCCCAAAAUAAAUGGAACCUUUAGUAAACAAGGAUGGAUUUGUAUUUCAAAAGACUACUUUGACAAAGAUCUCUUGAAACAAGUUCUUCGAACCUUUGGAGCACACUACGAGCAAGACGAAACUGUGGCAGAGCUCAGCGUAAAGCUUGCAACAACUGUUAGAAAUAAAAGUUUCUUCCUUGUGUUGGAUGACAUUUGGGAGCACGAGGUAUGGACUAAUCUACUGAGACAACCAUUAGACACUGCAGAAAAAGGAAUAAUUCUGGUUACAACUCGAAAUGAUCUAGUUGCACGUGCAAUUGGUGUGGAAGAAGAUGUGCAUCGAGUUGAGUUGAUGUCAGCAGACGUAGGAUGGGAGUUACUUUGGAGGAGUAUGAACAUCAGUGAAGAGACUACAUUGCAGCACCUAAAGACUAUGGGGAUUGAGAUUGUUCAAAUUUGUGGUGGCCUUCCUCUUGCUAUCAAGGUCAUUGCUAGUGUUCUAGCAACUAAAGAAAAGACUGAGAAUGAAUGGAGAAAAGUUAUAAAUAAAAGUUCACCAUCCAUGAGCAAACUUCCUGUUGAGCUCAGAGGAGCUUUGUAUUUGAGUUAUGAUGACCUACCGCAGCAGUUGAAGCAAUGUUUUUUGUACUGUGGUUUGUAUCCCGAAGAUUUUAUCAUGGAUCGUGAUGACCUUAUCAGGUUUUGGGUUGCUGAAGGUUUUGUAGAAGAGCAAAAGGGAAAACUUUUAGAAGAUACAGCAGAUGAAUAUUACUACGAAUUGAUAUAUAGAAACCUCCUUCAACCAGAUGUUGAUUUUGUUGACCAUUCUAAGUGCAAAAUUCAUGAUAUGUUGAGGCAACUUGCUCAACACUUAUCAGGAGAAGAAGUGUUUUGUGGAGACUCUGAGUUAUUGGAGGCUAAAUCAUUGCCCAAACUAAGACGUGUUACGAUUGCUACAGGCAACCAGUUUUCAAUUUCCCCCGGUGUGCAGAAGGAGCAGAUUAGAGUAAGAACUCUGGUUACUAUGUGUAAGUCAUUGGAAGUUGAAAAUGCAAUUUUCAAAAGACUCUUGAAGAUACGAGUUUUGGUUCUAGCAGAUUCAAUUGUACAAAGUAUUCCAGAUUCUAUUGGAAGUUUGAUCCAUCUAAGAAUGCUUAAUCUUGAUAAGACUGACAUAUCUGAUAUUCCUGAGUCCAUACAUUGCCUUAUUAACCUUCAGAUAUUGAACUUGGAAGGUUGUCAUGCUUUGCAUAAUCUUCCUUUGGCUAUCACUCGAUUAUGCAACCUAAGGCGCCUAGGUCUUAAUGGGACGCCAAUAGAUCAGGUUCCAAAAGGGAUAUCUAAAUUGAAGUUUCUCAAUGAUUUAGAAUGCGCUCCAAUUGGCUGUGACAAUGUUAAUAGUAAUAAGGUGCAAGAUGGAUGGAGCCUAGAGGAGUUGGGUCCGCUUCUGCAGAUGAGGAGGCUUAUUAUGAUAAAAUUGGAGAGAGCAAGUCCUGUUUGCGCAAAUACAUUGCUGGUUGACAAAAAGUAUCUCAAACAUUUAAGAAUGUCAUGCACAGAAGAACGCGGAGAUCAACCAUAUUCUGAAGAGGAUGUUACCAACAUUGAGAAGGUGUUUGAGCAGCUAAUCCCUCCACAAAAUUUGGAAGCAUUGCGUAUUUGGCAUUUUUUCGGUCAAAGGUAUCCCUACUGGCUAGGCACUACUCAUUUGUCCUCACUGAAAUACUUCACCCUCGAAGGUUGCAAGUCCUGUGUGCAUCUUCCACCACUGGGGCAGCUCCCCAACUUAAAAUAUCUCAAAAUAAACCAAGCCUUUGCAGUUACUAAGAUUGGGCCCGAAUUUUUUGGUAAUUCCAGAUCAACUAAGAUCGUAGCUUUCCCCAAGCUUGAGGUGUUGCUAUUCUAUGACAUGCCUAAUUUGGAGGAGUGGACCUUUGUAGUUGAAGAAGAAGAAGCAAUAGCAGCAGGUAAGGAAGGUGAAGAGGAUGGAGCUGCUGCAAAGCAAAAGGGGGAAGCCCCACCUCCAAGGAUGCAGCUGCUGCCACAUUUGGAGAAGCUGGAAAUUAUCUGCUGCCUGAAGCUGAGAGCUCUUCCACGACAGCUUGGACAGGAGGCCACCAGCUUGAAGAAGCUCCAAUUAAGACACGUGAACAGCCUUAAGGUUGUGGAGGAUCUUAUGUUCCUCUCUGAUCUCCUUUUAAUUGCGAAUUGUGAAAGCCUGGAGAGGGUGUCAAAUCUACCGCAAGCAAGAGAGCUGCGUGUGCAGGGCUCUCCAUGCUUGACGUGUAUUGAGAAGUUGGACAACCUGCAGCUGUUGGGUCUGCACGAGAGUAUGCAAGAGGUCUCCUCACUGUGGCUGCCUAGGCUCCAACAGCAGUGCAGGCAAGUUCAUGGUGAAGAUUUCGAUGUAUUUAAUUGGACAUGAGAUGGCAUACAUCUCUCACAACAAUAUGGCUACUAAGAUGCAAGGACAGGCUACACUACGCUUUAUGCAAGGCCGGAUAGUGGAGACGAAUAUAAUGUUCCAUGAUGAGGUCUUGUGGUGGAGGACCUCUCGUUAGUAGAGAAGUUCUUAAUCGGUGGGUGCGAAAGCCUGGAGAUGGUCUUGAAUCUUCCCAAGGUGCGACAGCUGUGGGUAAGUUGCUGUCCAAGUUUAAGGCAUGUGGAGUUGGACAGUUUGGAGCAGCUGUGGCUGGAUAUGGAUGUGCAGGACCUCGCUUCUCAGUGGGUGCCUGGGCUUAAACACCAACGCCAAAAACACCAUGGCGAAUACCUCUCUUCUUUGGCUCAUGGGAAAGCUUGUUUAAUCUUGUUCAAGCUAGUGUUUGGCUAUUCUUGUGUGCAUGUCUGAACAAAAUGUGUGCUACUUACUUGAGUUUCUCGAUUAAUUCAUUCUGUGUGAUGGGUUUGUAUUCCUUGUACUUCGUGAACUUGUAAUGUCAACUUCAUCUGCUGUUAAACUCUGUCAACUUGUAAUGGCUACUUGAGUGUUUGGCUAUCCUUGUGUGCAUGUCUGAAUAAAAUGUGUGCUACUUGAGUGAUGCGUU